AUGCCGGGCGGCGGGGCCGGGCUGCGGCGGGCGCUGCUGGGAGCGCGGCGGGCGGCGGGCGGCGCCGGGAGCCCCGCGGCCAUGUCCUCACAGUCUCACUGGUUGACAGCAGAGGAGAGGAACCAAGUUUUACUGGAUCUCAAAGCUUCAGGCUGGUCUGAGCUGGGAGAAAGAGAUGCCAUCUACAAGGAGUUCAAUUUCAAAAAUUUUAAUCAGGCUUUUGGAUUUAUGACACGUGUUGCUCUACAAGCAGAGAAGAUGAAUCACCACCCAGAAUGGUUUAAUGUCUACAGCAAGGUUCAGAUAACUCUGAUUUCUCAUGACUGCGCUGGGCUGACCAAGAGAGACGUGAAGCUGGCUCAGUUUAUUGACAAAGCUGCUGCCUCAGUUUAACCAGGAUUUAAAUAGCUUUAAUACAGUGUCCACCUAUAUUUUGUGUUUAAAUGGGAUCCCUCUUUCCUUGUAAUCCUGUCUUCCAAAACCCGUAGAGGAUAGAUAUUUUGUAAAAGGUGUCGCUGAGCUUUUCUGACCUUCAGUACCUUAGUCUUGAGACCCCUUUGGUUGUGUGUGCUUGUCCUUUCCUAUUGCUGGCUCUGCAGGAGGAUGUGGUGGAUAAACCAGCAAUAAAUAAGUUUUGAACAAUCCCUUUUUAGAAACUAAACUGAACUGGAUGAAAACCAGGAGCCCACCCAUGUGUGUUGGUGUUCCCAAGCCCACAGGGACGGGUGGCAGCUGCCAUAUGAGCUUCCCCCGUUCCUGGCCACUUCCCUCCUAUAAAUUUGUACAUCUCUGCAUUUCAAACAGUGUAAGAACAGCCUGGCCAGGUCAGUCCUCUCUGGCUUGGUACUAUCAUCUCUGCCAGUGACAAGUGCAAGGACACUGGGGAGAGCAGUGCAAGCUGCUGCUGAUGUGUCCUUGGAGUUGCAGCUCAACUGGCAGGAACAGCUGUAUCCAGAGUUGCUGCCUGAGAGCCUUUCCCCAUCUGACAGUGUAGAAUCACAUAACCACAGACUGGUUUGGGUUGGAAGGAGCCUUAAAGCUCAUCUCCUUUCAACCCCCUGCUGUGGGCAGGGUCACUUUCCACUAGAUCAGUGUGCUCCAGGCCCCAUCCAGGCUGGCUUGGACACUCCCAGGUGCAGGACUGGAUCUUGGAGUUGCUGAAAACUUUAGCGCUGGUACAACAAAUACAAAAAAGUCUCGGUGAGCUCCCAGCUCCCACACCUUUAAAUGAAGGAUGUGUUAAGUGCUUGGCCAGGUUAGUGCUCAGCACCCUGCAGGACUGAGCCACUGUUGGUGUUGUAAUGCUCCAGUACCUACUGGAUCAGGAGGGAGUGGCUUGGCCAAGUGCCCUGAGCCCUGGCCAGGGCUGCCGGGGGUGAAGAAAGCGGCAUUAGCAGGAUUCUUGCUAAGCUGGGCUUGACUGAAGCUAUGCUCACCCACUUUUUCUUUCAUAGCUAGAAUUACUUACUGCAAACGUUGUUGCAGGAGCCAUAGAUCCCACUGACAGCAUUUAAAAUAAUUCCUUCCGUGGUUCGAAUGUCUUUGUUUUUAUCCUAUGAUCCUCGCCGAGACAGAUUUCCAGUGCCGGCAGGGAGAUUUCACCCUGCUCAGAGCUUGCAGGAGGGCCUCUCCCCGUGCUGGGUGUCCCCAGCGUGCUCUGUCAUGCCCUGCGAGCAGCGUUCCCCGGAGACUGACACCUCCCAAAUGCCGGAGCGCAUCGCUGGGAUGUCACCGCUGGGAUGGCACAGCCACCAGCUACCGAGGAGUGAGAUGGGCCGGAAUCUAUAUCGGGGUAUGCACGAGGUGUGUGGCCUCGCAGAUAUUUUGGGAUGCAAAAUGCCAUGAGCUGCCACCCAAGUGGCUGCGUGGAUAAAAUGAGAAGGGUAUUUUUUGUAAGUCCUUAGCAAACACGCCGUCACGUGCUAAUUGGUCACACACAGGAAGCGAGAUAUUGGGGUUUAUUGUCAGUAACCCUGCUUGGGAUAUCAAGUUAAUACCUAAAAAGACCCAAAUUCAGACUACGUGCUCGGCUGUUCUUUUCUCACAAGUGCCUUUCCCCAGUGAAGUGGAGGAUUUCCCUGAUAUGGUAUGAAAAUUGUCACUGUUGUGAAGAGCUAAUAAAACUAAAACAACCGGGCUGUGAUGUCUCGUCUUUCUGGUGGGGAAGUGAAAUGAGCUUCACCCAAAGUUUUGACAACAUCUCUAAUGAGCUGUGAAAAUCUGUUGUUCAGAACUGAUACAUAAUGCGUGGGCUUUGAAUAAAACCAAUAAAAUCAAA